AUGAGAGGGCCGCGAUCCAGCUUCCUCGGCCUCACCACGCUCGUGGCCAUCGCCCUGACCAGCCAAGCGAGCCCCUCGACGGCAACAGCGGCGACCUCGCGCUUCCACCCGCGGCAGCUCGGCAGCGCACCGCUCGUCGUCUUCGGAGACUACCAGAACGGCAACAACAACCAGCUCGGCAGCGACAACUCGCAGUCGUCGUGGUCAAAGUCCAACGUCAGCGGCAACGGCAACUCGCUCACCCAGGGCUCCGCCGGCGUGUCGCAGUCCCAGUCCGGCACGGGCAACUAUGCUCCGCCGCAAGGCGUCGAGCAGCACGUAUCGCAGCAGGCACAGCAGGAUGGGGCGUCUUCGCAGCAGGUCAACCAGCAAGUCAGCCAGCAGGCCGACCAGGGACCGCCACCGCCAGGGCCUCAGUCGCAAGCUCCGCUCUCCGACGGCAUCCCGAACCUGGCAGCGCAGCCGGCGUCGGCCAACGGCGCUCACUCCGCCUCCGGGUCCGCCAAACAGGAUGUCCACCAAGAGGCUGUCCAGAACGCCGACGGGGGCAGUGGCGAGCAGAAGGUCGAGCAGUCGGCGCAACAACAGUCCAACGGCGGGCCAGCAAGCCAGAACGUCGAGCAGGUGGCCAAACAGGAGUCGCACCAGGAGGGCCAACCACGGAAGCUCGGCAUGCUUCGGAAAGGGUUCAGCCAGACUGUCGGGCAGAUCGCGCAGCAGAACCGUGGCGGCAACAGCAAACCGUCCGGCGAGCAGGCCGUCAGCCAAGAUGCCUCUCAAACGGCCCCUGCCGUCCCUGCCUCUCCAUCACCCGCCACAGCGAAGCAGAACGUCGAUCAAAGCGUCUCGCAACAGGGCGCAGGCGGGCAGCAAGAUGCCAAGCAGUCGAGCGUAGAGCACGCCGACGGACCAGGCUCCGCAAACCAGCAAGUCAGCCAGCAUGUUGAGCAGGACGGCGGUAGCAGCCAGAACGCGCAACAGACGGCCGAGCAGACUGCAGUCCAGAACGGAGGCGGAGACAUCAACCAGUUCGCCAGCCAACAGACGACGCAGACAUCCGGCGGCGUCGGCGGCGGCGCCCCUGGUCCUUCAUCGCAGUCGGUGCAGCAGCAAGUGAGCCAGGCGGCCGGGGGCGAUGCGAACGUGCCGUCGGCGGAUCAGCAGGCGAUGCAGCAGGCUUUCCAGGCCGCUGCCCCUGGCGCCGCCCUGCCACCGCCGUCGAAGUCGCCGCCGCCGCCGUCCAUGAACCAGAUGGUCAGCCAGCAAGCACUUCAGGAUGGCGCCUCGCCCACGGGCCAGACGGUCAACCAGCAGGCGACACAGCAGCAGCGAAGGCGACACCUCGAGCUCAGCGCUUCCGCGUCGCGCUUCCGUCUGGUCAGAGUCUAG